AGGUGACCUAAUGAACCGGGUGGUCAGGUUCAAUGACUUGGUUAUGAAAGGUGACUGAAUGAACCGGGUGGUCAGGUUCAAUGACUUGGUUAUUAGAGGUGACUUAAUGAACCGGGUGGUCAGACUCAAUGAUUUGGUUAUUAGAGGUGACUUAAUGAACCACGCGGUCAGACUCGAUGAUUUGGUUGUUAGAGGUGACUUAAUGAACCGGGAGGUCCGACUCAAUGAUUUGGUUGUUGGAGGUGACUUAAUGAACCGGGUGGUUAGACUCAAUGAUUUGGUUGUUAGAGGUGGCUUAAUGAACCGGGAGGUCAGACUCAAGGAUUUGGUUGUUAGAGGUGACCUAAUGAACCGGGUGGUCAGACUCAAUGAUUUGGUUAUUAGAGGUGACUUAAUGAACCGGGUGGUCAGACUCAAGGAUUUGGUUGUUAGAGAUGACUUAAUGAACCACGUGGUCAGACUCGAUGAUUUGGUUAUUAGAGGUGACUUAAUGAACCGGGUGGUUAGACUCAAUGAUUUGGUUGUUAGAGGUGGCUUAAUGAACCGGGAGGUCAGACUCAAGGAUUUGGUUGUUAGAGGUCACUUAAUGAACCGGAUGGUCAGGUUCAAUGACUUGGUUAUUGGAGGUGGCUUAAUGAACCGGGAGGUCAGACUCAAUGACUUGGUUGUUAGAGGUCACUUAAUGAACCGGAUGGUCAGGUUCAAUGACUUGGUUAUUGGAGGUGGCUUAAUGAACCGGGAGGUCAGACUCAAUGACUUGGUUGUUAGAGGUCACUUAAUGAACCGGGUGGUCAGGUUCAAUGACUUGGUUGUUAGAGGUGACUUAAUGAUCUGUGUGGUCAGACUCAAUGAUUUGGUUGUUAGAGGUAACUUAAUGAACCGGGUGGUCAGACUCAAUGACUUUGUUUUUAGAGGUAACUUAAUGAACCGGGAGGUCAGACUCAAUGACGUCAUGGUAAAAGUUGCCCACACCAUCAACCACUGGUUUAUCUAGUCUUAAUCUGUAGAGGUCGCCUUUAAACAAACAAAGAAACUACACUCUCUUAUUAUUUAAGGUUAACCAAGGACUGUAAAGUCGCCAUGUUUAUGUGAACAUUUCUUCUUAAACGCUGGCAUAAUUCAUAUUUUUAGUAUAUUCA